AUGUGCAUAAUGACUACUCGUCCCAGAUACCAUCAUUCCUCCCAACAGAUCUCGCCUUCAAACAAUCACAAUCCUUCAAAAUACGAAUUCAGUUUCUAUUGCAGAGGACAUGCCCUUGCAGCAUGCUCCCAAGAAUUCCCAUCAUCAUGGUGCCUGAUCAAACCCCUCAACUUAACCCUCAUCAACCAGGGUUCACCACAAGCCAUUCACUUGUCCAUCUAUCCCAAUGUCAAAUUCGUGCUUGAUCUUAUUAUACACGAAGAGGGCAUUGUGCGCGUUCGAAUGGACGAGGAGGGCGAAUUGAGGAAACAGUGUAACGAAGCCAUUCAAACCAGGCAGGAUUCUAAACUAGCUGAACACAUUGAAGUUCAUUCCUCAAAGUCAACCUCGCAGGAUGGUCUAAUGCAGCACCCAAAAUGCCUUCUGGGACGAAACCUUUUCCACAUGGAUGGACACAAAAGCCAAAGCCCCGGAUAUGUCUUCCUCGACAUAACCUUCCUUAAUCACACCUGGAAUCCCACAAUAUGCCACAACCUCUCUCUUCCAAACACAACAGGCUCCACUGCAAGAUUCACAGACCUCCUCCAUCUAUCAGACUUGCCAACUUUACUCUAUGACUCGAUCCUGCUUAUGCACACACAUUUCUGCAAUGUUGACGGUGGUCGUUUCCAAUGUAAUUACAUCGAAAAUGUGGAUUGA